UAUCUGACUAUUUCCUAUGGCCACAUCUGGUAUUGACAAUAAGUUUUCUUCUAUACUUCAUCAAUGUUUUGUUCUUCUUACCAUGUUAUAUGAGGAAAUGAGAUCCAAAGCCAAAGGUCUUUUGAGACCAUUCACAAAACCUUUACAACCUCUGAGUUCUCACAGACAUCUCUUCUGCCUCAUCUGCCUCCUUUUCCUAUCUGCUCUCUUUCUUACACAUUCAGAAGCUGUCUGCAACCCGCAAGAUCAAGAAUCUCUCCUGUGGUUUUCCGGCAACGUUUCUUCUUCUGUUUCUCCUUUGAAUUGGAACCUCUCCAUUGAUUGUUGCUCCUGGGAGGGAAUAACAUGCGAUGAUACAUCAGAGAGUCACGUCACCGGAAUUUCCUUGCCCCUUAGAGGACUCUCAGGAAACCUCAGCUCGUCUGUUCAGAACCUUCACCGUCUCUCUCAUCUCGACCUUUCUCAUAACCUCCUCUCGGGUCCUCUCCCACCAGGUUUUCUCUCCGCCCUUGAUCACCUCAUGGUUCUUAAUCUUAGUUACAAUAGCUUCAACGGUGAGUUGCCACUUGAACAUGGAAGCAACAAGUUCUUCUUCCCAAUCCAGACCGUUGACUUGUCAAGCAAUCUUCUCCAAGGCCAAAUCCUCAAUACUUCUAUAUUUCUCCUGGGAGCUUUCAGUUUAAUCAGUUUCAACGUUAGCAAUAACAGCUUCACUGGUCCAAUCCCUUCCUUUAUGUGCAUGAUGAGUUCACCUCAGCUCAGCAUUUUGGACUUCUCUUAUAAUGAUUUUGCUGGCCAAAUCUCGAGAGGAUUAGGCAAAUGCUUGAACCUUAGUGUUCUAAGAGCAGGCUUCAACAAUAUCUCUGGUGAAAUACCUCUUGAGAUCUACAAUCUCUCAGAGCUAGAGCAACUCUUUCUCCCAGCCAAUCAUCUAACUGGAAAGAUUGAUAACAACAUCACCCGGCUCAAGAAACUAACGUUGCUUGAGCUUUACUCCAACCACCUAGAAGGACAAAUACCAAAGGACAUAGGUCAUCUCUCCAGCUUGCAAAGCCUCCAGCUACAUGUUAAUAACAUCACUGGUACAGUUCCGCUUUCUCUUACAAACUGUAGUAAACUCGUCAAGUUGAACUUGAGGAUCAACCGGCUGAUAGGGAACUUAACAGAACUCGAGUUUAGCCAGUUGAAGAGUCUUAGGAUUCUAGAUCUUGGGAACAACUCUAUAAGAUCACUACUCAAGUCUCUCACGGCGAUCAGGUUUGCAGGAAACAAGUUAACGGGGCAGAUAUCUCCCCAAGUAAAGGAACUUGAGUCCUUAACGUUCCUGGCUUUUUCAGACAACAGAUUAACAAACAUAACUGGGGCUCUCAAGAUUCUGCAGGGCUGUAAGAAACUAAUCUUAGCAAAGAAUUUUUACGAUGAAACGUUUCCAAGCAACAAAGACUUUGUUUCCUCUGGUGGAUUCCCUAAACUCCAAAUAUUUGCCAUUGGUGGAUGUCGAAUGAGAGGUGAAGUACCAGCUUGGCUGAUGAAGUUGAAGAGCUUAGAACUCAUGGACAUGUCUCAAAACCGACUCGUAGGGUCAAUUCCUGGUUGGUUGGGAACUCUCCCCAACCUUUUCUACAUCGAUCUCUCAGAUAAUUUACUUACAGGAGAGCUGCCAAAGGAAUUUUUUCACCUGAGAGCUCUGAUGUCCCAAAAGGUCUACGAGGCAACAGAAAAGAACUAUCUACCGCUGCCUCUUUUUAUCAGACCCAACAAUGGUACCGCUAAUCAGCAAUACAAUCACCUGUACUACUUCCCACCUGCCACUGUGGAGAUUGGCCAGUUAAAGGCUCUUCAAGCUCUGGAGCUUCUUGGCAACAAUUUCUCUGGCAGGAUCCCAGAUGAACUGUCCAACCUCACCAAGAUGGACCUGUCCAAUAAUAAUCUAUCGGGUAGAAUCCCUUCAUCGUUGAGGCUCCUCCAUUUCAUGUCUUAUUUCAACGUGGCUAACAACAGGAAUACUUUUCCAAAACCAUGUUUUGAAGGAAACCCAUUGUUGUGCGGUGGCGUACUGCAGACUUCCUGCACAGCUCCAACUCGGCCGCAUGCUACGGAAGAUGAUGAGUUAAAGAAAACACUUGUGGUUUGGUUGGCCACUGGAUACCUUGUUGGAUUUAGUUCGAUUUUAUUGGUGUGUGCCUGCCGGGUAUAUAUACCAUGUGAAGCGUGCGUGUAUAUCUGGGGUUAA